AUGAACCCGGAUUCGGCGGGCGGUUACACGAAAGCCCGCUCGAUGCAGCACCGGGACGCGCUCCUGCUCCUCGGGAAGCACCUGGCGUGGCGAGACGGGGACGUCGUGCUGGACGUGGGCUGUGGAACCGGGGAGAUAGCAAGGCACAUUGCAGAUCAGACGGAGGUGGCAACUGUGGUGGGACUGGACAUCUCCAAGGACAUGGUCAACUUCGCCACCUCCAGCAACACGACGGAGAAAGCCUCCUUCCACGUGCUGGACAUCCAGGACGGGUCAGGUAUCAGAGAGAACUGGCGGGGGAGGUUCACCAAGGCAGUCAGCUUUCACACCGUGCACUGGAUACCGGACAAGGAGAGAUUUCUGGCGAAUGUCCAUCUGUGUUUGGAGAAAGGUGGGGAGCUCCUCUUCAACCUGUUCGCGGGUGUCCCUGCCGUGACGGUAGCGCGCGACAUCAAGCACCACCCCAAGUGGCGGGACUACCUGACGGACUACACUCUGAAACUGUACGAGUGGCCAAAGGGAGACGUUGCCGGCAUGUCGCGCUUGCUGGAGGACUGCGGCUUCGAGGUGGUGACGUGCGAAGUCCACACCCUCACCUUCAAGUUCGACUCCCUGGAGAAAGAAAAGGCGUUUUCUCGACCGCUUCUGGGACAUUUGCAGUACAUCCCGGAGGAGAAACAGGACGAAUUUCUGGAGGACGCGAUUAACAUGGCACGUGGGCUGUACCAGAAAGACGAGGAGGGGCAGGUUAUAUGGGAAAUGCCGCAAAUCGUGGUGCACGCGAGGAAGUUGUAAGAGUCCUGUUGUACCCAGAACCGUGCCUUCCCAGUUCUAUGCCUGAAUCUGGAAUGGGUUAGGGUUAGAAUCAGGGGCACGGUUCUGGAUAGU